UUCUAUAUGCGGUCGUGACACACUAUAGGCCUACACAAGACACAACAGGCAAGAGUUGUAACUCUACCUCCAUGCUCGCUCUAUAACAUAUGGUGGAUUUAUUCAUCAGUGGUGGAACCACAAUUAGGCCCGUGAACAUUCCCGAAGCUAUGCGCAUUUUGCAGUUCACUCUAUAACCGUCUCCAAUCAUGAAAGUGACGAUUACUUGGCCGAAAAUAUUCGGUUCAUCAUCAGAGCAAAGUAGAUUACCAUUCUACGACGCAUACACCGUGGCGAAACUUCAAAGAUGUUUCGGUCUCUAUCCCAAUUAUGCUUCUUUUGAGAACAACGGACAUCCACCGUCUCUGACCAAGAACAACAACCACGGGGGAGGAGAGAAAAACACCGGCCAAGGGCAGUCGGAGCACCCGGGAGAAAACUUCACCGAUGGUGAUGAUGAUGAGGCGGGAGAGAAAGAUGAAGCACCUUGCUUCAUUGCCCAAAACAAGCUGUGGUAUUACUUGUUUUCUUUUGGAGCUUGGCUUGGAGACGACUCAUUUUAUUUCGUUGUUUUCUCCCUGGUUAUUUCAAAUCUAUCGUGGUGGGUCUCAAGACGAAUGCUUCUAAUAUGGGGAAUUUGUAUGUACAUCGGGCAGGCGGCAAAGGAGUUGUUGAAAUGGCCGCGGCCCAGCGAACCACCUGUUGUCCGGUUGGAGAGAAGAUACUUCAUGGAGUAUGGGAUGCCGUCCACUCAUGCCAUUGUCGGUACUUUGAUGCCAUUCACAUUUUUGUGCGGCACUUGGGAUCACUAUGAGUAUUCACACACAUUGGGCACAAUAUUAGCUUUCAGCUGGGCUAUGCUGGUAUGUUUCAGCAGACUGUACAAAGGAAUGCACUUUAUUCUGGACCUAGUGGCUGGUGUGACUAUAACAUUGGUUCUGAUGCUGCUCCUUUGGCCAUGGCUGGACCAGAUGGAUCACUUCCUGCUGACCCAUCCCCAGGCCCCACUUGUGGUCAUCUCAACAUCAGUGUUCCUCUGCAUCAUCUACCCCUGCCAGAAUGGGGUUGCUUCAACCAGAGCUGAUACCAUCACUAUCCUUUGUGCAGUGUCUGGUGCUCUUUGUGGCUUUUGGUUCAACUACCGUACCGGGAUGCUCCCUGAUGCCCUUGCCCCUCUCGGGGGCGUCAUCGGGUGGCCAGGCUGGACCACAGUAGGGUUGAUGUUCAUCAAGUACUUGAUGGCCCAGCUACUAACUGCCGUCAUGUAUUUGGCAGUAAGAGCAUUUCUACUGCAAGUGAUUCCAGUUAUUUACAACAUUGAGAUCAAUGAACGCACCAAGCGGCUGUUGUUCGUAGAGCUACCGUAUCGUUACAUCAAUUACUUUGGAGUAGGUGCUUGCUCAUAUGUUAUUAUCCCCCUAUUGUUCCAAAAACUUAACUUGGAUUGAUUGGAUGGGUGAUUUAGGAGUUUUAGAAGGGGUUAGGAACCCCUGUUAUUACAUUAAUUGCAAACAAACAAUGCAAAGCUGCUCAUUAUGGGGGGGGGGGGGCAAGUGGGUUCAAGCUCAGUUUCCAGUGACAUUUUCUGUAAAAUAUUGAUUUUGGUUUCAUUAUUAUUUUGUAAUAUUUUUUUGCAUAAAGAAAACCUUGCAGUUUUUUUUAUGAAAGGAUAUUUUUAAAACUGGAGUUUGAAAUCAGUUUCUCAAUCACAACAAGUAAAACUGAGUAUAAAUGUAUAUAUACAGGACAAACAUGGUUGCAGCCGUGUAAAUUGUUCAUAAUCUUCUGAUGAAGUGGUCUUAUUUAUUAGGAUUUCAUGUUUGCAAGGAAUUGUCCACAACUGUCAAUAUUAUUUCCUCAGAUACAAUACUCGAAAUCGUUGGAAUGGUUUGUUAUCGCAAAAGAAGAAGUGAUUUCCAGUUAAUCGAAUGCAUUGAACCCAACAUUAAACUUAUCUGUCUCUGAAGUAGAUUAAAAUGAUUUGUAACUCUUUUGACAUCUCUUAGUGUUUUAGAAUUGUUUUUGUUUUUUUAAAGUUUGAGACAAAAAUUGUUUAAUGUUUAUCUUGUCCACCCACCUAUGCCCACCCAUUACGUUUUUGUAUAAUUCUAUAAGAAGUAAUUUUCUGCCAGAUUCACUGCUGCAUCUUUUCUUUCCAACCAGCAAGAUAAAUUUAUGCAUAUUUAAUUAAGUCAAAUACUGUGCUAGAAGAAUUAGAAUUAAAUGAUUAUUACUCUAAAAUAAAACUGUUAACUUGAACUUAACUUUAAAUAAAAUUCGUAAAAAUUUCAUGAAAGUUUUCAAUUGUGAUUAUAUUAUAAUCAAAUGUAAUCAAAUAAUCAAAUGUUUAUAUUUUUUUGUAUUUUAAUAUACAAUAUUUUGUCAACUACGUGUACGCAGAUGAGACUUUCUUGUUGUCAAACGUGUCUGCGAUUUGUGAGCUCCGCUAUGGAACAAUAUUAAACUGGUGAAGCAAA